AUAAAGAAUAGUCCGUUUACUACGGAUGACGAAUUUAAAAAUGUUGAAGCUGAAUGCAGUUUACCUUUUACGGUAGUGACUGAUAUUAAUGCAUCGUCAUCUAAAGUUUCUAAGAUUAAUUUAGAAACUCAAAUAUGUGAAUUGGAAUCCCAACUGAACGCAGAGAAACGAAAAUCUGAGGAGAAUUUCUUAAGUCGAUGCAAAAAUCCUAUACCAUAUGUGCCUUGCAUCGACUUAAGAACUUCACAAAUGCAUUCGAGUAUUGGUGUUUCAGUAGAAAACUUAUCAUUCCAACUUACAUUCUCCUCAGAUUUUCGUUUCUCUGCGUUCAGUUGGGAUUCCAAUUCACAUAUUUGA